CACGUGACAUUUCAAAAUUUCCUGAAGAAAUGGGCCCCCGACCUAGAAGUCCUUCAUUAAUGAGCGCGAUGGCCGUGCCGAUAUUUGAAUAUGGUUGCAGUUCCCGUUUCCGUUGGUCGUCAUCUCUCUCUCCGACAACUUGCGCAGCUUUUUGGCGCGCAGACUUACGCCCCUCGACCUACUCUAUAAUUACGAAAGUGCCGUCCGCCGGCGCUGCUUCCAAUGAGAGCAUCUGGCUCGGAGCAGUACUGGCAGCUGCUCCGCAGGCCCAAUUAAUGCCGCUUCAUAUGCUGACUAAAUUUCGCGCAAUUUUCCCGGGGUCUUCCUAUACCACUUUUGCCCUCUUCUUGGCUUCAUAUUUGGAUUAGGGUUUUGAAGUGGCUACAAUUUGUUGUGUGGGCAGCGUUGAAGGAUUGCUCGUUGCCAAAUUGUGUUCCUGUUUUUGCUGCUUUUGUUCCUGCGCUGUUCUUGAAAAUUUCUUCAUGCUUUUGGGAAGAAAACUCUCCCUUUAGUUCGUGUUUCAGUGAUCCAAGUGUGUUAUCUAUCUCUUUUAAAUGAUUGAUGUUUUUUUUUCCUUCAAUUUUGUCAGAAAAAAAUGCUCUGCUGCUAUCAUGCUCACGUAACCUAUCUUGUUCCUGGAUCAUUUCUGCAUUGUUAAUGUGUAGAGCAGAAAGUACCAAAAUUUUGGACGGCAUAGCUAAUAUGUAAAUCAAUACAUUUUAGCUUGAAUGAAAUGGAUGAAGGCAGGCGGCAUUCUGUGGAUGCUACAAUUUCAAAAGCUCUAGUUACUCUCAAGAGGGUUCGGUCGCUGAGGGAUCCAUCGACAAAUUCGAUGAGCAAAUUUGCUACAGCAUUUGAUAGUGUGAACUGGGAGGUGAAUUCCAGUUCUGGUACAUAUGUAGAUUUUGACAAAUUGGAUAGAAACCGACCUCGAAGCAACUCUGGGUUGGAACAUAUUUCAAAAGUUAUAGACAAGAAAAAUACUACCUCCAAAAAAUCUUCAAUUACUAGAAUUAAAAACUCACAAUCUGAACUGGCUAUGGCGGUUCCUCAGUCCCUCCUGGAUGGUAAUAAAAAGCCAUUAGAACAUGUAAGGGCUACGUCGAACCAGUUGGAAGAGGAAGUAGAUUCAUGUAGUGAGACAAAUUUAGAUGUCCUAGAGGAAAUUAGCAGAUCAAGAGUAAAAAAGCCUGGAUAUGGUGGUGGCAGAAGGACAAGUAAUGUGAUGGACGAUUUAGGUAUGAGAGAGGUGGGAAGCCCUUGCUUGUCAAUAUGUGGCUAUCAUACUAACUUAUCAAGUAGGAGCACUAUGGGGCUUUCAAAUAUCGAUGAUGCUGUUGUUGUGAAUUCAAAUUAUGGUGGUUGUGGAAUUAGUUAUUGUUGGUCUAGAACACCAAAGCGUAAGGAUUCAACACUCUCUUUUGGUAUUGAGGGCCAAGAGCUGCCCUUGCUAUCUGCUGAACUGAAGGACAGGGCUGAUGGUGACAUAGCUUUAAUUCCAGAGAGUGCAAAAAGCUUAAGCCAAAAGUUUCAGCCAAGGUCUUUCAAUGAGUUGGUCGGACUGAACGUAGUUACUGAAUCCCUCAUGCAUUCCAUAAAAAAGGGAAGAGUUGCUCCUUUCUAUCUUUUUCAUGGUCCUAGAGGAACUGGUAAAACUUCUACUGCAAGGAUUUUUGCUGCGGCAUUAAAUUGCCUAUCCGUUGCGGACCAUAGGCCAUGUGGUUCUUGUCAGGAAUGUGUCUUUUUAUUCUCUGGGAGAAGUAGAGAUGCCAAGGAACUAUGUGCUACAAAGUUAAAUCAUAAAGAUAGGAUAAAGGCAUUAUUAAAGGGUGCUUCUCUUGUUCCAUUUACGUCACAAUUUAGAGUAUUCAUUAUUGAGGAAUGCCAUUUUCUAAGAGGGGAGAUAUGGUCUGCCAUUUUGAAUAAUGUUGAAGAGCUUUCAAGACAUACUGUUUUUGUUAUGAUUACAUCCAAACCUGAUAGUCUUCAUCACACUUCAAUGUCUCUGUGUCAGAGGUACCACUUUCCAAGAAUAAAGGAGGAUGACAUUAUUUGUAGGUUGCAAAAAAUUUGUAUGGAAGAGGGUUUUAUAAUUGAUGAGGAUGCAUUGACUUUUAUUUCUAAUAGAGCUAAUGGUUCCCUUCAAGAUGCAGAAACAAUGCUUGAUCAGUUAGCAUUGCUUGGGAAAAAAAUUACGCUAUCUUUGGCUCAUGAGCUUAUUGGGAUUACUUCAGAUGAAGACUUGCUUGAUUUGCUUGAUCUAGCAUUAUCUGCUGAUACUAGUAACACUGUUAGAAGGGCUAGGGAUCUUAUGAUGUCAAGGAUUGAUCCUAUGCAACUGAUAUCACAACUUGCAAAUCUCAUUAUGGACAUUCUUUCUGGAAAAUGCCAAUCAGAAUUUACCAAUUCUAGCAGAAAAUUCUUAGGAAAACAUGCUAUGACUCAGGCAGGUAUUCAGAAACUUCGUCAUGCAUUGAAAAUUCUGUCUGAAACUGAAAAACAACUAAGAACAUCAACAAAUCAGGCAACUUGGCUUACUGUGGCACUUCUACAAUUUGGUGCUCAAGAACCUUCUCUCACUGAUGUGCAUGAAUCUAUGGAAUGUUCGAAAGUGACUUUGCUUAGUGACUGUGAGGCUUUGGAUUCUUACUCAGCUAAAACAAUUCAGAAGCAAUUCAUCUGCUAUGGGUGUAACAAGCAGAACUGCCCCGGAAGACAUUGCAAUAGAGCAAAACUUGAAACCAUUUGGAGAAGAGCUAUGACAGUAUUCCAGUCUGGUAAACUAAGGAGUUUUCUGCGGAAAGAAGGGAACUUGUCAGCAUUACAUUUCAGUGAAGGCCUUGCAAUUGCUACAAUUGAUUUUAAUCAUCCAGAACAUGUUAGAAAGGCAGAGAAAUCAUGGAAAUCAAUUGCAAGUUCAUUUCAGAAUAUAUUGGGAUGUUAUGUAGAGAUAAGAAUAAAGCUCCUCUCCGCUUGCUACAAAAAGAACAGGAAAUCAUUUAGUUUGUUGAGCUGUUCUGGCAGAAAGCAAGAAAACUCCGAGGCAAGCAUCAUAGAGAAAUGUACAAUUGAAACGCCAACACAAAAUGACUUCAUUGAUAAGAGAUGCUCCUCUGAUCAUGAUAUUAGGUUUUCACCUCAAAUCAAUCUGCUGGAAGAGACUGCUCAAAGCAACAGCAGUAAGAAACCUACUCAGUCUAUACAAAUGCCAAAAGUAUGCAACUCUGAGCUGAAUUCGUCAAGAACUGUGGAAGAGGUAGCCUGUGAUGGUAUUGAUGAAGCUGAAAUUCGACCCAACUGUUUUACUGGGAUCCUUGAGCGUCAAAAAAGAUUACUUUCCACUGGUGCUUCUCAUAUAAUCUGUUUAAAUAUAUGUUCAGGUGGCAAAUCAGAUUUCUCUAUGAGUAAGAAAGGAGUGGACAAAGCAUACUUUUUAGCAUAUGAUCCUUACAACUUGACCCCUGCAUCAAAUGCAUUAAUCACGUACAAGUCUGAGGAAGAUAGAAUGCGAAGCAAAUAUACAAGUUUUAGGUCAAGAUUGUUUUGUUGGAGAUCUCCAAUUUUAUCCCCGAGGUUAAAUGGUGGCAAGUAGAGUUUUUUUCUCAUCAAAUUUUUAAACCAUAAUUUCUAUAGCAAAUAUGCACAUUGCUUUGCAUGGUCUGAUUUGAUCAAUUUUAUGGGUGGAAUUCUAUUCUGACGUUCAUGAUUUUAGUGAUUGAUUGUCUGGGUAAGAAGAUAUGCUAUGGUGAUGUAAAGUGGGUGAUCAGCUCUAAACAGACAUUGUUGAUUGGAUGAAAUUUGGAGUAGCAAAGAGCUUGUCAUGCAUUGUAAUGAUGAAAAAUUUACCUUCGAUAAUAUUUUGGAUUUGGUAGUUUUAUAAUGUUUAUUGUUGCUGUAUGUAUGUUUUGAUAUUAUGCUUAUUGAGGCUCUUAUUUUUUUCUCCCAAUU